CCAACAGUUCGCCGCCGCCAGUGAUGGAGUACACAAGUCGCUAUUUUGUUAACAUAAUAUACUAAUAAUAUUUACAAAUAUAUUAAGUGAAAUUUUGUAUUAAUUCAUUACUUACUUAUCCACACAUAUAUUUACAUAAGUGUGGCUCUAGUUUGCGCUUAAACUGGUUUUUUGCGCUAAGCUUUUGAAAAGAAAAGGCUGAAUUAUGUUGCUGAAUUUAUGUAAAAAUUCCGAAGGCGUUUUUCGUAGUGAAUUCCGGUUGCAAUUAUUGGCGGCAGCAAGUGUUACUAUAAUCACCUUUUGCCAUGGAAUUAGCUCUGGUUGGUUUGCUCCCACGCUCUUUAAGCUACAGACACCUACUGAAUCCCCGCUCGAUUUUGACGUGUCGGUGGAGCAGGGUUCAUGGAUGGGUGCAUUCAUAUCUGUGGGAGGCUUCACGGGCACAGUGCUUUUCGGGCAACUUAUGGAUCGCAUUGGCCGCAAGGCGUGCAUUUAUGGUCUGGUGUUGCCACAUAUUGGCUUUUGGCUAUGCGUCUACUUUGCACAAUCCAUUGAAUAUCUUUACCUUGCGCGUUUCCUUGGUGGCAUCACUGGUGGCGGCACUUAUGUAGUGAUACCGAUUUUCAUUGGCGAAAUCGUGGAUCCAACCAUACGCGGUCGCCUCACAUCAUUAUUCACACUCACACUCAAUUCGGGCAUGCUAGCAGGUUUCACACUCUCUUCCAAUGUGCCAUACCACAUCAUACCGUUGGUCGUGAUAUCGCUGCCAUUGCUCUUUCUGCUCAUCGAAACAUUCUUCCCCGAAACGCCAACAUUUCUCUUGUAUCGCGAACAGGAAGAGAAGGCGGAGAAAUCUUUUAAAUUCUAUCAGUCCUACAAGGCUGGCAAUAAGGAGGAUAUUGAGACGUUUAAUGCGAAAUUUUCGGAAUUACGUGAUUCAGUUUUGGCGCAAAAGUCACAAACAGAUGUCGUCACAUGGCGUGAUUUCGUUAGUAAACGCGCUCUACGUACGCUCGGCAUGGGCAUUAUGCUCAUGAUUAUUAACGUAUUCACUGGAAGUUUUGCUCUACUCAACUAUACAUCCAGCAUCUUUUUUGCCAUCGAAACGGACAUACAUCCAAAUACCAAUACCACCAUCAUUGGUGUUGUGCAAAUUAUUGGCACCAUAACAGCGAUCAUUUUGGUGGAUCGCUAUGGUCGUAAGAUUUUACUUAUGUUCUCAACAGCGGCGAUGGGCAUUUGUUUGGCCGGCUUCGGCUUGUAUGCGUUCUUUGCCGAAGAGACCAGUGUGGAUCUAACACCAUAUCGUUCGUGGCUGCCGCUGCUCUUCAUGGCGCUCAUCAUACUAUCGGCUAAUGUGGGUGUGAUACCAGUUACAUUUGUCGUGCUGGUGGAGAUUUUGCCAGCAAAGAUACGCGCCAAAGCCGCAUCAAUUUGCCUGGCAUUACUUAGCAUUUUCACCUUUAUUAUGAUAAAAGUAUUUCCGCCAUUUAUGCACACUUUCGGCUUAUCGGCAACAAUGUGGGCGUGUGCUUCAUUUGCUGCUCUGGGAUUAUUCUACAUAUCAAUAUUUCUGCCAGAGACGAAGGGGAAAUCUAUGAAUAAAGAUGAUGUUUAAUGCAAUGAUAAUAAUUAAACUCGUGUUUAUAUGUGUGUAUGUUUUAAUUUAAAAUAAGUAAUAUGUUUAGAAAAUAUGUAUGUAUUUAUUUUCAUUGAAACUCAAAAAAAAAAAAAAAAUUUCUUAUGCCAAAAAGUCAAAGCUGUUUAAUUGGUAGUCGAAAGAAGAGAAUUUAUUGAAAUAUUGUAUUUAAAUAUGCCCAUUUGUAUGUAUGAUAA